AUCAAAUUGUGGUUCUCUGUAUGAACCAGUGUUUUAAAAGGCUCAAUCAAAGCUUGCCUCAAGGCAAGGCAUGCUUAAAACGCCAUGAGGCUCAAUCUAAAAUACCAAAUUCCAAAAAGGCUAAUGCAUUACAUGCUGAGGCUUAUGCAUUUUUUACAAAAAGCACACCUUUUGCGCCUUUUUAGUCAAGGCUUAUGCAUUUUGGGUGUGUGAUUCUGAAGUUAGAAUUGGUUAGAAAAUUUUAACUACAUGUUUGUACAAAAGGAAUGUCAUAAUAUGAGUUUAUUUUUAAAACUCUUGAACCUCAACCUUUCCAAAAUAACUGGACUUGUAUCUUACGUCAUGAAAAUAGUUUGAACUUUGUAAUGGUACAGCUAUCUCUUGUCAUGAUUCAUGUCAUGUCUUCAAGUUAGCAAUUUUUGAAUGGCCAACAAGUAUUUUUUGAAGUACAUCUAGUUUUUCUUUUACAUUAUAUUUGUGAUUUCUUAAUUUUUACUUUAUUUUAAAUAUAUAUAUAUAAAUAUAAUUUGUUUAACAAAUUUUAUCUUAAAAAACUAAUUCUCAAAAGGCUUACGCCCCAACACCUUAAGGCUUACGCCUCGCCUUUUGAGGAUUAAAAUGCCUCGCCUUACGCCUUUGCCUUUUAAAACAUUGGUAUGAACUCUUGCUCUACUUUGGUGUCUAUGCACAUUUUGUGGAAAAUGUAUAUUUCAAUUUAAAAAUUAGUUGGAUGUAGUCUUUUUCCUCUUGGGUUUUGCAAUUGUCAGGUGCAGCAAAAGAUAUUAUCCAGUUAAUGUUGCAUGAGAACCAAAUGAGGUGCCUGAUUUGCCCAUAAAUGGAAAGUAUUUUUUUUUUUUUCCAAUUUUGUCAUACACUGAUCAAGUGCUACAAUUUAAUUUAUCCUGUUGUCAAAUUUAAAGCCUUGUUCACCUCUGGAUAUUUUUGUUUAAGUGGAAUUAGCUUCAUUGCAGCACAUUAUGCAAUGGUAGAAGGAGAGAAUGGGAAAGUGAAGCUAUGUCAUGCAAAAUUAAGGCAUUUUGUCCCAAAUCUUACCAUUGGUGCUCCUGUUAUUGAGAGUUUGAGAAAGCACACUAAAGCAUAUUUGGAUUGCCACUUGAUGGUUACAAAUCCUCUUGAUUAUGUGGAACCUUUAGGAAAAGCUGGUGCUUCUGGAUUUACAUUUCAUGUUGAAGCAUCCAAAGAGAAUUGGCAAGAACUUGUCCAAAGAAUUAAGUCAAAGGGUAUGAGACCUGGUGUGUCACUGAAGCCUAGAACACCCAUCGAAGAAGUUUAUCCGCUGGUUGACUGUGAAAAUCCUGUGGAAUUGGUCCUUGUUAUGACUGUGGAGCCUGGAUUUGGUGGACAAAAGUUCAUGCCAGAAAUGAUGGAUAAGGUACGCAUAUUGAGAAAGAAGUAUCCAUCCCUUGAUAUAGAGGUGGAUGGUGGCUUAGGACCUUCGACAAUAGACAUGGCUGCUUCUGCUGGAGCCAACUGCAUUGUUGCAGGGAGUUCAGUGUUUGGAUCCCCCGAGCCAGCGCAAGCUAUUUCCCUUAUGAGGAAGAGUGUGGAAGAAGCACAGCAAAAAGCAGCCAAUGUAGACAACAGACACCCAUGAUAAAUCAUGAUCAAUAUAUUUAUUGAUCUGUUUGAUUCUCUCAAAUUUUUUAACACAAUAAAAUCAUGAGAACUAUUAACAUUUACAUACUCGGCCAGGUCAUUCUGUACUUUCAGGUGCAGCAUAUGUGUAACAUGUGAACCCUUUGGUGCAUAGUUUCAAUAAAUUACAUCUUUUGUACUCUUUC